AUGCCCUCUGGGCCACAGGAGAAGUCCUCCACAGUGGGCAGCUGCUUGGGCUUCGGGGGCCCAGCUGGCAGCGCCAUGGACCCGCCGGGCUGCCCGCAAAUCGGAUGGGAGUCUGAGGAGCCGGAGCCCUCCGUCUCUCUCAAGGCCUGUUUCAGCCAGGGUUUGAAGCAGCUGCAUCACACCCAGGAGCUGUGCAAUGCCACCUUGCUGGCAGGAGGGAAGCGGUUUUCUUGCAACAGGGCACUGCUUGCCUCCGUCAGCCCUUACUUCCAAGCGGUGUUCACUAGCGGCUUCAAGGAGUCCAGGGACGGGGAAGUUCUGCUAAAGGACAUGGAUCCCUCCACCCUCCAGAGCCUGCUCGCCUGUCUCUACACAGGGAAUCUGGAGGCCAGCCCUGAGACGGCUGAAGACCUGUUCGUGGCAGCCAGCCGCCUCCAACUCCUGCCCGCCCUGGACCACAUCAACAGAUAUUUAAAGGAGAGUCUCUCUGGGGAGAACUGUCUUCGCCUUUACAUGCUGGCUCACGACCACAACGACCCCACUCUGCUGCGGGCCACCUUACGCUACCUGGGCUUCCACUUUGAAUCCCUCUCAGAGCACGAGGAUUUCCCACGCCUCGACCUGGGCGCCCUGGGUGGCAUCCUCUCAUCCGACCACCUGGCCGUGGCCUCUGAAAUGGACGUCUACCGGGCCAUGUGGUGCUGGGUGACGGCUGUCCCCGCCGAGCGCGCUUCCAUGCUCAAGGCCCUGCUGCGACACCUGCGUUUCCCGCUCCUGACUCCUGCAGAGGCUGCUGAAGUCCAGGCUGACAUCGCAACCUUGGACUCCCAAGUGACGUUGCGGUGGGAGGACCUCGAUGGGGCCAGGAGGUUGCAGGCGAGCCAGGGGCUCCGGCAGGGCAUGUACCAGGAGCACAUUGUGUGCAUCAAAGUGCCGCGCUUGAGGGACAUUGUUUCGGGAAACAGCGAGAUGGACUGUUACAUAGAGUGCGUGAAUCCAGGCACGGGGUUGCGGAUGGCGCUGCCCCCUUUGGAACUGCUGGCCCUCCCUGGCUGCACCUCUCUGGGGCACAAGCUCUACAUUUCCGGAGGAAAACUCUGUGACAGCUCCUACUCUCAGGCUCUGCACGAGUACGACUCCCUGGCCGACAGCUGGACUCAGCUCCCUGGCAUGUCGAUACCCCGCUCCGUCCACAUGCUCUUGACCUGCAAGCAGAGGCUUUUUGCCCUGAGCGGCUGGAAUGAAUCAGGCCCUCUGGCCUCCGCAGAGAGCUUUGACACGGUGCGGCAGACGUGGUCGCCCAUUGCCAGUCUGCCCAUCAUUCUGCGCUUCUCUGCCUCCGCCCCGUUCAGAAACAGGCUGUACCUGAUAGGAGGGGACGCAGACUCCGACGAGGUGGUCUAUCAGGGCAUCCUCAUCUACGACAUCAGCUCGGAUAGCUGGUCACAGGUGCCCCUGGAAUUCAGCCUGUACGGGGCGGCCGCAGUCACCAUGGAUGCUGGGAUCUGUGUCAUUGGCGGGUUCUUCGCAAGAAAGAACCCAUCUCCCAGCCAGAGGUUCAGCCAGCUUCUCCCUUGCACCCCCAAAUGCUUUCUCAUGCUGGAGGCCGGUGUGAUGAGCACGGACAUCACCAUCCCUCCGCUGCCGUUGCCUCUCGCCUUUGCCGGUGCCACUCACUGGCAAGGGAAAGUGUACGUGAUCGGCGGGGUGUGCGCCUCCAGAACGCACGAUGCCAUUUACCACUGGGAGCCUGGGGAAGCGGCCUGGACCCAGUACUCGCAGAACCUCACGGGCUGUGGGAAAAUCAUACGGAGAGUGCUGAAGUGCGUGACCCUGAGAGUAGCAGGGCCCAAGCUGAAGGCCCUCUUGCAAGAGACUUCUGCCAGCCGGGUGGCUGUUGGGCUCACAGACCCCGAGGACUCCGGGAUGGAGGGAGGAUAA